CUGCAAGCAAAGUGAAGCCCUCACUGAUUCCAGCUGCUGACAGAGGAAGCUGUGAUUUAGACAGGUUGAACCGGAAGAACCAUGCUGCUGUGGUCCAUAUGGAAUUUAAUGCUGCUGACCCUUGUGGAGGCUGCAGAGGACGAUUCUCGAGCAGGGUGCAGCACAGCUGUAAAUGACCUGGUUUAUGUUGUUGAUGGUUCUUGGAGUGUUGGCAUCUCUGACUUUGAAACAGCCAAACAAUGGCUUAUCAACAUCACCAGCCGGUUUGACAUCAGUCCUCUCUAUACACAGGUGGGUGUGGUCCAGUACAGCGACACACCUCGACUGGAGAUACCUCUAGGACAGCACCAUAGCGGAGCAGAGCUAAUACGAGCCAUAAAGAGCAUUACCUACCUGGGAGGAAAUACACAGACUGGGCGGGCCAUCAAGUUUGCUGUAGACCAUGUGUUUGCCUCUUCCCAGCGAGCCAGCCAGGUCAAGAAUCGCAUAGCUGUGGUGGUGACUGAUGGAAAAUCUCAGGAUGAUGUGGUGGACGCUAGCAUGGAGGCACGAGCUCAGGACAUUACAGUGUUUACUGUGGGAGUCGGCAGUGAGAUCAUCACCUCGGAGCUGGUAUCCAUUGCCAACAAACCAUCAUCUACCUAUGUCCUGUAUGCUGAAGACUACACCACCAUGGCGCGCAUCAUAAACUCAAUGGAGCAGAAGCUGUGUGAAGAGUCAGUUUGUCCCACACGGAUCCCAGUGGCAUCUCGUGAUGAGAAAGGCUUUGAGCUGAUGGUGGGAAUGAACAUUCAGAUGAAAGCCAAGAAGAUUGCUGGAUCUUUGGUUUCUGAGACAGCCUUCGCUCUCACUGCCGCCACAGAAAUUACCGAAAAUACCAGAGACAUUUUCCCUGAGGGCCUCCCGCCAUCAUAUGUAUUUGUAGCCACUCUGCGUCUGAAAGGGACCUCGAACAAGAUGAUUUUUGAUCUUUGGAGAGUGUUGUCAAAGGAUAAGGAAAUCCAAGCUGCAGUGACACUAAAUGGAAAAGACAAAAGCGUCAUCUUCACAACCACCAGCAUGAUCAAGAGGGAGCAGAGAGCCAUCUUUAAAACUGGUUUCCAGGCGCUGUAUGAUGGGAAAUGGCAUCAGCUUAAAGUCCUGGUGAGGCCUCAACACAUUACCAGUUUCCUCGAUGAUCAGCUGAUCCAGGAAGGCAUGUUGGAGCCCAUGGAGCCCAUUUACAUCAAUGGGAAGACACAGGUUGCUAAGAAGAGGGGGACAGAUGUCACUGUGCCUGUGGAGAUUCAGAAGCUGCGUCUGUACUGUGACCCUCAUCAGAGUGAGAGAGAAACAGCUUGUGAAAUCUACUCUAUUGAUGAUGAAAGGUGUCCUCUGAACCGAACAGCAGCCAUCGAGGAAGAAGACUGUAUCUGUGCAGUUGGUCCACCAGGGCAGCGUGGCCCACCAGGACGCUUGGGUUUACGAGGGGAGAAAGGGAGAGAAGGACCCCCAGGACCUGAUGGUAAGCCUGGUAAAGAUGGGAAACAUGGUGAUCCUGGCCCUCCUGGAUUAGCAGGGAUGAAGGGAGAAGAAGGCCCAGCAGGAUCAAGAGGAGAGCCUGGUCAUGAAGGUAGUAAGGGAGGCAGAGGGGAGCCGGGCCUACCAGGGCAACCAGGACCAGCAGGAUCCAAGGGACUUCCUGGUGAAAACGGUGUACCUGGACUUCCAGGAGAAGCUGGACCUGUGGGGGAACCAGGACUACCAGGAACCAUCACACUGUUCGGACCACCAGGGCUAAAGGGUUCUCGGGGACCUCCUGGUGAAGCGGGCCUGCAGGGACCUCCGGGUGAGCCUGGUCUGCCUGGGCCACAAGGUCCACCUGGGAUGAAAGGAAUACCGGGAGUCCAGGGGCCCCAAGGUCCACCCGGAGCAGUCGGCCGAGAUGGUCCCAAGGGGAUGAUUGGAGAUCCGGGAGCGGCUGGUUCUCAUGGUCCACCAGGCGAGAAGGGUUCAGUGGGGGAUGCAGGCUUCCCAGGGCUGCCAGGUGCCACAGGCUUGCCAGGACUCAAAGGUCAUAAGGGGGAAAGAGGGGAGACCGGCGCUGAAGGAGACCAGGGGGAGCGAGGGAGAGAUGGAGAUCCAGGGAUUCCUGGCAUACCCGGCGAAGUAGGACCCGGGGGAAGGAAAGGAGAGAAAGGAGUGACAGGUGAAAUAGGCCCCAGGGGCUUUGAAGGAAAGAAGGGAGAUAUGGGCCAUAUGGGUGCUAUUGGUCCCAGAGGAUUUCCUGGUCAGGAUGGGUUGCCAGGCCAACCAGGCCAGCCAGGAUAUCCUGGGAAACCUGGCAAACCUCCCUCAGAUGAACAUCUUCUCAAGCUCUGCUCCGAUGUGCUGCGAAACCAACUCCCAGCACUGCUCCAGACCCUCACUGCCCCAUCGAGGUGUGAACCCUGCCAAAGCAUAAAAGGACCCCCUGGUGAGCCAGGAGCACCAGGUCCUAAAGGCUCCAUUGGAACUCCAGGCUACCCUGGCAGAAGUGGUGCUCCAGGUUACCCAGGACCUCCUGGAAUGCAGGGUCCUGCAGGCCUCAAAGGUGACAUGGGACCGAGAGGCCCCAAAGGCAUCAAAGGAGACAGUUACUAUGGACCUCCGGGACAACCUGGACAGCCAGGGAUCCGGGGUCCUCGUGGCUUUGAUGGAAUCGGUCAACCUGGCAGUCAGGGAAUUCCUGGAAAACCAGGUCCACCUGGGGAUCCUGGUAAAUGGGGCAGCCCUGGUCUUCCAGGAGUUUGCGAUGUCUCCAUGUGUUAUCAAACCUACGACCUCAGGGAGCAUUACAGCAAAGGACCAGACGUUUGACCACAUCGGAGAGGGAGGAUGGUUCAGACUUUACACACCCAAGUGUUUGGAGGCAGCAUUUACCUUACGCUGUCCACUCUUACAAAACAGAGUGUGGAGACUUCCGCACUGAAGGCGAAGGUUAAACGGAGUUCAACAGAAGAGCUAUGACCCAGGAAUCAUGGGAUUCAUGAUUGAAGAUGGUUGUAAUCCUUUUGAGUCACAUGAUCACCAAAAUUACUGUAACUUAUUUAAUGUUUUCUAUGAUCCUGAAUAACACUGAUAAUAGCUACCUCCUUCUUUAUCCCAGUUAUGUUUCAGCUCAAAAGAAAUGGCCAGGUAUAAAUCUCCUCAACAUAAACCUUAAAUUAUAAAUAAAUACAUUGAAGUGAACUGAUGCUUUACAAUGCAAACUAGCGUUAUUCUCCUAACCGGCAAUCCUCAGGCAGUAUGAUUUAAUACAUUAUUUACUCUAAAAUGCAUCGAGCAGAAGUGGGCUGUUAUCCUGAAAUAGAAGCAUUAAUUCACCUCACCUUU